UGACAACGCUACAACGACACCAAGAAGACCAAUAGAAAAGGGAAACAAAAUGUUUCAAUGCUACACUCAACGGCGGAUUUAGGGGGGAGAUAUUAUGAGGCUGGUGUCAUUAGGCGAUAGCCAUUGAAUCAUUCAACCUUUUUUACCGGCCGUAUUUUUCGGUUUUUCCUUUUUCUCGAUAAUUUUCUUUCUCUCUCAGGUCAUUUCCAUGGUUUUCAGAUCCCCUUUAGAGCUUUAUCCCUCCCAUUUCUUCCUGCCAAACUUCGCUGAUCGCCCUCUGCUCCUGGCGAACAGCGCUCCCACCACCAGGUCUCCAGAAGACUUGUCCAUGUUUCAGCUACCGACCCUCAACUUCUCCCCGGAGCAGGUGGCGAGCGUCUGCGAGACGCUGGAGGAGACCGGGGACAUCGAGCGGCUGGGCCGCUUCCUCUGGUCCCUGCCGGUGGCUCCGGGAGCGUGCGAGGCGAUCAACAAGCAUGAGUCCAUCCUGCGCGCCCGGGCCGUGGUGGCGUUCCACACGGGGAAUUUCAGAGACCUCUACCACAUCCUGGAGAACCACAAGUUCACCAAGGACUCGCACGGCAAAUUGCAAGCCAUGUGGCUGGAAGCGCACUAUCAGGAGGCCGAGAAGCUCCGCGGCCGCCCCCUCGGACCGGUCGAUAAGUACCGGGUGCGGAAGAAGUUUCCGCUGCCUCGGACCAUCUGGGACGGCGAGCAGAAGACGCACUGUUUCAAAGAGCGGACGCGGAGCCUGCUGAGGGAGUGGUACCUUCAGGACCCGUAUCCAAACCCCAGCAAGAAAAGGGAACUGGCUCAAGCCACUGGACUCACUCCCACACAGGUCGGAAACUGGUUUAAAAACCGGAGGCAACGAGACAGAGCCGCGGCGGCCAAAAACAGGCUCCAACACCAAGCAAUAGGACCGGCCGGUAUGAGGUCCCUGUCAGAGGCCGGCCUCACCCCUCACAGCUCGGCGGAGUCGCCCUCCACCGCGGCCAGUCCCACCACCAGCGUGUCCAGCCUGACAGAGAGAGUCGAUACCGGGACGUCCAUCCUGUCCGUCACAUCCAGCGACUCGGAGUGCGAUGUAUGAUACGGAGGAAAGAAAGGAAAAAAAAAAAAAAACAACAACAAAAAAAACAAAAAACACAAAACCAA